AGUCGCCGGGCUGAUGCAAGGGCAACGAGGCGAAAACGCCCGCUCCCAGCCCGACGCGAGCGAUAACAGCGAGGGUUUCUUCCUUGUCCGGAUCCUAUGUGCCUUCCCUCCUCUUGACUUCACAUCGCUCGCCCUCUCCCAUCAAAUCGAGCCUUCCUGUGCGCAAAAUCGAGUUCCUCUAUCGAAGAUUAACCACCCCCCCCCCCCCCAAAUCGAGUUCCUGCGAGGUCGCUGGCGCCGUGGGUUCCUGCCGCCUACGAGGUGCUGCUGAUUGUCCUGCCUCUUCCCUCCGCUACCUGGGCCGCACCUGCACUAGCCUCCACACCGCACGCAUACGGCACCGCGAUUCGGGAGCCGGUGCUACAGCCAGACGCCCAGACGCCGUGAUCUCCCCUUCUUCCUCUCCUGUCCUGCGCUGCGCAAUCGGGAGGCCACCGACGAGGAAGCAGGGCAACGAAGAUGGUCCGGGAGGUUGCGGAGAGCUGCGUCGAUGGGGUGGUCAUGGAGAUGGUAGCGGCGUACUGCGGUCGCUUCUACGCCGUCAAGCCCGAGCUCGCUGCCCGCCGCAUCGAGGCCAUUGGUUUCCAGGUCGGCCACCAGCUCUCCGAGAGAUAUACCAUGGAGCGCCCUCGAUUUAGUGAUCACCUUGAAGCAAUCAAAUUUAUCUGCAAAGAUUUUUGGUCAGAGCUGUUCAAGAAGCAGAUUGAUAAUCUGAAAACAAAUCACAGGGGUACCUUUGUCCUUCAAGAUAACCGUUUCCGGUGGCUUACUCGUGUUUCUCUAGAUCCAUCUGCAGAGAGCACAGAUGCAACUGACAAUGACUCUGCACCAUUGGGUGAUACUGCAGCCCAAACAACAAGCAUGCUUCUGUAUUUCCCAUGCGGGUUAAUAAGAGGUGCCUUGACCAACUUAGGAAUUUCAUGCUCCGUCUCUGCAGAUAUGUCAAACCUUCCAGCAUAUGGUGUUGUUAAUUUGCACUGCACAUCUUACAUCAACCAAGUUAAAGAAGAACUAAGUAUGGUGCUUAUUGUUCAGCUUCAGGAUUUAUAGUGUUUGGUUUGAUCAUUUGAAGGUUCCUUUGUGGUGCGCAUAAAGACAUGAACUGUGAGAAAUAAUUCAAGUACAAUGUUGAAGUGCGGGCUUAUGGUUAAGUCAUUCGGCAUCUACCGGUUUUCAGUGUCGACUGAAUUUUCCUUCUUCCCUUCGUAACCUUACUCCAGAGAUCGGGUGUAACUCUUAUGUGAAUUUUUUCAUCUAUCGAAGUGGAGCACUUUCGUGUUCCUUUUGUAUAGAUCAUAUUUGGAUGUAGUCAAUCGUAGGUAGGCACGGUAAUGGAUUAUGGCUGUCUCUUUACAAUUCAACUUUGCUCUUAUAUAUUUUUAGUUUCAAAUUAUAUAAAGAUUAGAGUCUGGCCCUUAUAUUGCUUGGCCAGCUGCCCUAUGCUUUUA